AUGUUCUCCCUUGCAGUGUUUUCUGUCUUGUUCGUUGUUCUUCUGGCGGUGAAGUUUACUGCAUCGUAUUUCAAUCGCCCGAAGGGAACCCGUUGGCUACCAGGUCCAAAAGGAAUCCCGUUUGUCGGACGUGUUUGGGACAUUCCACGCACCCACAGCUACAAACAGUUUAAGAAAUGGUCUGAUAAGUUUGGAAACAUCUAUCAAAUCAACAUCUUCGGAGUCAACCAUGUCUGGAUUGCCUCGGACAAAAUCGCAAACGACCUCUUGGUGAAGAGGAGCCAGAUCUUCUCCGACAGGCCUCCCAUAAACAACCUCGAAGAUAGCAAGGAAGCACCUGAGUAUCUUCCUCUUCUAGGAUACAAUGAUGUGUGGCGCCGCCAAAGGAGAUUUGUCCAUGGCAUGAUGUCUGCGUCUGCCGCCCAGCGUCACCAGGACCUGCCGUACCUCGAGUGCAAGCAGUACCUGGUCCAGUUGCUCCAAAACCCCCAGGACCUCGAGCAUCUCUCCGAAACAUUCACCGGUCGCGUGAUUUCACGGCUGGCCUUCGGACACGUGCGCUUUGCUUCCGACAUCACGGAGCACUCGCACGCCCUCCUUGGAGCCAUCUCGCCAGCUGCAAACCUCACCAACAUCAUCCCCCAGCUUCGACUCCUCCCAGCCUGGCUGUCGCCCUGGAAGCGCGCGGAGAAGGCUCGCCACGAGCGCGAACGCGCCUUCUUCGUCGACAUGCGCGAGCAGGUCGCACAGGCCGUCGCCUCCGGCGACACGACGCCGUCAUACAUGCGCAUGUUUUUCGAGAACAAGGAAAAGAGCGGCAUGGACGAUCUCGAAGGCGCCUACACAGUGGGCAUGGUCGGGCUGGCUGGCAUCCUGACAACGGCGUCUGCCCUCAUGACGUACGUGCUGGCCAUGUGCUUGUAUCCUGAGUGGCAGACCAAGGUGCAGGAGGAGAUCGACCGUGUCUGCGGCGACCGGAUGCCAAAGCCGUCGGACGCCCCUGACCUUCCCGUGCUCCGCGCCGUCAUUAAGGAGUGCAUGCGUUGGAGGCCAGUGACGCCGAGCAGCAUUCCGCAUGAAUCUCAGAUGGACUUCAUCUACGAAGACUUCUUCAUCCCCAAGGGAACGCAUGUUCAUCCAAGCCAAUGGGCCAUCACCCGCGACGAGAGCGUCUACCCCGAUCCGGAACGCUUCAACCCAGAGCGCUGGCUGCUUCCCAGCUACCCGUCCUACCAAGAGCCGUUGACCAAGUUUCCUACAAUUCAAAACUUCACCACCUUUGGCUACGGCCGCCGCAUCUGCAUGGGCAUGGAUCUGGUCGAGCAGGAGUUCCUUGUCGGCAUGGGCGGAAUGGCCUGGGCCUUUGACAUUGCCAAGAAGCGUGAUCCUGCCACUGGCCGCCCAAUCCACAUUCCUGCUCACGACUACACCAGCCUGCUGAUUAGCCGACCCCGCCCCUUUCAAUUCACCCUCAAGGCCCGGACUCAGGAAAGGGAAGCUGGCAUCUGGCGCCAAUAUGAGGAAGCAGUCGAAGCGGGCCAUAUCGCCGGUAUCGAGUCGGGUUUCUAG